GCAUAAUACUGGCUCAAGACAUACUAGAAAGGCGAGGUGACCAAGAGCGGGGCGCUUCGAAGCGCUCUUGACACGCAUUUUUGCGUGACAUGUAACCUGAGCUCCUCUAAACAUAUUACAAGUACGCUUUGUUUGAUUUACUCCAUUCAUACACUGGGAGAGGGCCAGCGGACAUCGCCAUGGAACCCGCGAAGCGUGGGCAGCGCCGCGGCCUCGAAAGGCCACGAGGUACCUUUUGAGAGGGCUGGAACCAGGCGAGCAGCAUGGAUUUCCAGCUACCGGCGGUGACCCGCUACUUGGCCGACACCGGUGGCGAUGGCAGCGGUGCGGUUGCUGUGGGCAGCCUGCGGGAGUCGCUGCCACGUUCCAAGACGGCUGAGGUGACGACCAUGCUGUCAGAGCAGAUGUACGCCACCAGCCCCCCCACACGGCUGCCCAAGGCGCUGGAGGCCUACUUCACUGGCCCCGCCGCCCGCGGCUACAGCCCGCCCGACCUGGAGGCGCAGUACGUGGUGCCCUUCAACAAGCCGCCGCCGCCCUACCGACCCCCCGGCGGCGGCGCCGGCCAGGGGGAGCAGGAGGAGCCCGACCCCAACGGCACACACACGGCCCGCGCGGUGCCGCCCGGCUCCGCGCCGCUGGCGCUGGGCCCGCCGGUGCACUCCAGCGUGCAGACCGGGCACGUGGCCGCCGCCCCCACCAGCAGUCCGGCGGGGGCGGUGGCGGGGGCGGAUACGGUGGCGGGUGGGUGGGGCGCGCCGAUGGACUGGUCGCACCUGUUCGGCACGCCCGCGCCCGCCGUGGUGCCGUCCAGCGCGGCCGCCGGAGGCGGCGCCGGAGCCGGAGCCAGUGGGGACAAGGGAGGAGCGCCGCCGGGGCUGCCGGUGCCCCGCAGCCUGGCGCGUAUGCCCAGCCAGGCGGGCAGCAUCGGCGGCGCCAGUGCGGCCAUGACGGCGGUGACGGGCGGCGGCGUGAGCGUGCUGUCGCGGCGCACGCACAACGCGGUGACGGCGGCGCUGCCGGGCACUGCGGAGGGCAAGUUCUGCGGCGCGGUGGUGGGCGUGAUGGACCGCCUGGCCGCCACGUCGGCGCUGCAGGCGGGGGGCGGAGGCGGCGGCAAGUACCGCUCGCUGCGCGUGCAGACGGCUGAGCACAAGGAGUCCAUGGUGAGCGCCAUCUCGCUGCCGCCGCCGCCCCAGACCGGCGCCUUCAGCUCCCGGGCGGCGGCGGCGCGCAUGGCGGCCGUGCUGGACCGCAGCGGCGCCAGUCGGGACGACAUGGCCGACAUCGUGCGCCAGAUCAAGCAGUUCGCGGGGCUGCCUCCUGCGCUGCGUGACGCCGUGUCGGGCCGCUUCCAGCUGUUCUGCUACCCGCCCGGCUCCUACCUGUACGAGGCGGGCUGCCGCUGCGACGAGGCGUUCGUGCUGGUCAGCGGCGCCGUCAUGCUGCACGUGGAGGGGAGGCCGCCGCAGCGCCUGCAGCCGGGCAGUGUGUUGGGUGCGGAGCUGCUGAUGCGGCGCGGCGCGGUGCCGCUGUCCGCCACCACCGACCCGCACUUCGAGGCGCAGCUGGCGGUGCUGUGCUGGGUGGACUACGAGGAGGCGGUGAGGGGCUGGGCGGCGGAGCGCAUCGCAGAGCUGGUGCCGGACCUGCAGGCCAGCCAGGUGGCGCGGCUCAGGUCGGGGCUGCAGCGCGGCGUGCAGUACGUGCAGCGCCAGGCGGGGGAGCCGCUGUGGGUGGGCGGGCAGCCGGCGGAUGCGGUGGCGCUGCUGGUGCAGGGGCAGGUGCUGCUGGCGUCGCCGUGGGAGGCCAACGCGCUGGUGACCGAGAACCAGAUCGUGUCGCAGCUGCGUGUGCUGAUGGGCCCGCUGGCCGACACCAUGGUGCUCAACGAGAUGCCGCGCCCCGCCACCCACGCCGCCGCGAGGGCAGGCGGCCUGCGCGGCGGGCUCAAGGGUGGAGGCGGCGGCAGCAUGCGCGGCAGCAUCAAGGUGGCGCUGGGCGGCGAGGCGGCAGGAGGCGGAGGGCUGUCGGCUUCCACCUCCUUCGCGGUGCGCGGAAGGGGCGGCGACGGCGACGAGGAGGAGGAUGGCGCUGGCGGCCGGGGGACCGGCAGUGGCAGCGGCGGCGGCAAGCCGGUGGGUUUCAGCCUGGCAGAGAAGCUGGAGCGAGCGGCGACGGGCUCGGGGGCGGGGUCGGCGGAUAGCACGCCGCGGCGCUCCGCGCGCAUUGCUGAGCCGCCGCCGCCGACGACGACGACGGCGUCACUGGGCAAGGAGGAUGAGGACGAGGAGGAUGCGUCGCCGCUGCGGUUCCGGCUGGCUGGUGGUGGCGGCGGUGGCGGCAGUAGCAAGAAGGGCAGCCGCAAGGUGGCGCUGGAGGGGCCGGCGGGGCCGCGAUUUGUCGAGGACUCGCCCGAGCCCCAGCCGGAGCCGGAGGCGGGUAAGGCACCGGACCCGCAGGCAGCAGGCGCCGCAGGUGGCGAGGGGGGCGCGGCCAGCGGCAGCUCGGACCGGCCUGCCAGCGGCCAGCCGCGGCGGGCGAGGCAGGGCCAGCCGCCGGGGCGAAACAGCCGGAAUGCCACAGGCAGCGGCACCAGCGGCGAGGCGAGGGAGGAGGCCGGUCCUGAAGUCGACGCCUCAGAAGCGACGGCGGAGGCGGGUGGCGACACGGGGCCUGCGGAAGCAGCCGCGGACGCAGGUCCGGCUGAGGGUGAGGCGACGCAGGCGGAAGCCGGGCCUCCCCCGGCCGAGUCUGCGGCGGCUGCCAGCAGCCGUGCGGCACGUGUCAGUCUCAAAUUCUCUGAUGAACCCGACGCCGAGGCGCAUGGCGCUGCUAAUGUUGCUGCUGCUACUGCCGCUGACGGCGCUACUGCCGCCGCAGCACCACAGCCCCAUCCGGAGUCCCAGCCGCAGCCCCAGCAUGAGGCGUCCGCCGAGUCCGCCGCCGCGCCGCCCUCGGUGCGCAGUGCCGGCAUGUCGGCGGAGGCGUCGCUGCUGCCCGCCGUGAGCGUGUGGGACCUGCACGACGGCGCGCACCCGCCCGCCGACCUGCUGACGCCCGUGAUAGGCCUCAGGGCCGCCAUGGACGCCGCAGAGGCCAGCCGGGCCGCCGGCGGCCACGGCAGCGACGUCGGCGACGGCGCCAGCAGCGUGGGCGGCCCGCUGUCGGCGGAGGCGUCCCUCACGUCUCCGCCAAUGGACACGCGCGGCAUGGGCUUCGCGUUUGGCGGGGCGGCAGGGCCGGGAGUAGGGGGGCCGGCGGACGCGGCGGGGCCGACCGCGUCCGCGUCGUUCCUCGCGGCGGUGGGCGUGGCGCCUGGGCCGGGUAGUGGUGGUGGUGGUGGUGGCGGGGCUGCGCUGGCAUCCGGCAUGAUGACGCCGGCGCUGGUGCUCCGGCCGGCGGCGCCGGCAGCCGUGAAGGACGCAGGUGCCGUCCCCGCCGCGGCACAGGAGCAGCAGGACCAGGAGCAGCAGCCGGGCGAUGCGGCACCCACCGGCAAUGAGGCAGCCGCCGACGAGGCCAAGGCUGCAGGCGACGCCUCCUCGUUACCGCCGCGGCCCGCGCCCGCGCCUCGCAGCCUCAUCAGCAAGAUCGGUGGCGGCAGCCAGGCAGGCAGCGCCGCCGGCAGCAAGGCCGUCAGCCGCACCGGCAGCCGCACCGCCUCCGCCCACGUGUCGCCGUCGAGCUCCCGCCGCGUCACCGGCAGCGGCGACAUGCUGCCGGGCGUCACCUCCACCGCACCUGCGUCUGCAGCUUCUGCUGCAGCUGCAUCGGUCCCAACGGGGCUGCCUCCGCGACCGCCGGCAAGCAGUGGUGGCGGCAGUGCAAGGUCUGCUGGACCAACCAUGGCCGAGGCUGCGGCCACUGCCGCAGCGGGCGGCCUGAGCAGCGUUGACAGCACUGCCGCCGCCGCCGGCUGCUCCUCAGCCCGGGAGCGGCCCUCCACGCCCAUGUCUGAGGCGCCCAGCCUCGAUGACGGCCGGUCGGAGCAGGGCGAGGCCGUGGCUGGCGGCGACGAGCUGCUGCUAGGGGACUGCAGCCACCCCGUGCUGCCGCCGAGGUCCAUGCCCUCGCCGCCGCCUGGCCAGGACGAGGCACGCUGCGCUGCUGCCCCUCCUGUGGGGACACAGCCGGCAGCGGCGGACCCUGCAGCUGCGGCCGGCAUGCGCGAGGGCACUGGCAGCGGCGCCGGCGAUGGCGCCACUAGCAGCCUGGCCACCCAGGACGGCAGUGUUGAUGCGCGGGAGGCGGCGGAGGCGGAAGCCGCCGCGCGGCGGCCGCACGCCCGUGUGCUGCUGGGCGCCGCCGCCGCCGCCCCCGCCCUGGCUUCCAUUGAGGACUCGUUCGCGCCUUCGUCUGAGGCAUCUGGCGCCGUCGUCGCGGGUGCCGAGGCGGCGGAUGUGGGCCGGAAGCCCUCCAAACUGCGCAUGCGGAUCGCGGAGGGCCCCGUCGGCGUGUCAGCGCUUGAGGGCGAGCGAGGCGACGUGAAGCCGUCGUCGCUGCGGCCAAAGCUGCGCAUGAACGACGACAGCAAUGACGCCGACGACAACGAUGGCGCCGCCUCGGUUGCCGCCUCCAACACCAUGCGCUUCAUGCCGGCCCGCGCCUCGGUUGGCGGGCUCAAGCCCACUGAGAACGGUGGAGGCGGCGGUGCCAUGUCGGCGCGGGGCUCCGUGGCUGGUCAUGUCAGCGGCCACGGUGGAGGCGGUGGUGGUGUGACAGGGCCGUGCCAGCCACUGGCGAACGCGCUGGCGACGCAGUUCAAGUUCCACCGGCAGCGGGUGGCGGCGGUGUACAGCGCGCCGGUGGUGUUUGGCGAGGAGGCGCUGGGUGACCCCGUGCCCGCUGCGGUGGAGGCGGGCGCGACGGCGGGCAAGAAGGGCGCUGCGGAGCCCACCAAGCCGCCGAUGGUGCACUCCGCCAUCGCCACCGCGCGCUGCGAGCUGAUCCUGGUGCCGGCGGCGCUGCUGCGGGCGCUGCUGCCGCCGCCCGCGCAGGUGCCGGGGCUACUAGGCAAGGUGGCGGCGGCAGCGGUGGCGGCGCAGCGGCGGCUGCUGCAGGCCACCGGCCACAACACAAACGACUCGGGGCACGCGCAAUGGCCCGCCGCCGCCGACCGGGUACGCGAGGUGCUCACCAGCACACAGCCCGGCCAGCGGCAGCCAUGGCAGGUGGAGCUGCUGGCGGCGGCCUUCAGCGGCAUGCCGGCAUUCGCGCGCCUCACAUGGCAGGCCCGGUUGCGCGUGUUCCAGGAGCUCGAGUACCGCCGCCUGCCGGUGGGCUCCAGCCUGGACCUGGCCCGACUCACGGUCACUGAGAAGGAGCUGCCGGACCCCGCGGCGGCGGCAGCGGCAGCGGCAGCACGCAACGGCCUGCUGUCGACCCGCAUGAGCCAAGCGGUGAUCUCGCCGCCGCCUCCGCCGGACCCGUCCUCGGCGCCACCACCCUCAGAAGCGGCAGGGCUGCAGCAGGGGCAGGAGCAGCACCAGCACCAGGGGCAGGGGCAGGGGCACAGCCUCAGCGUGAGCCCGGUGGCAGGCCUUGCGGCGGGCGCAGCGGUGUCGGCGUCUCCGCCGGCGCCGUCUGCCGGUGCCGCCGGUGCGACAGACGCCAUUCCGCCGGUGCUGCCCAGCGCCGCCGGACAGGGCGCGGCAGUGGCCGGCUCCGCGCCCGGCUGCCCUGCGGCCACACCACCCGUCGGCGCCCCGGCCGCUGCGGCAGCAGCAGCGGCGGACAUUGCAGCAUCUGCCGUCGCCACCCACGCAUCUGCCCCUGCUGCCGCUCAGCGGCAGUCCAGCACCGCCUCGGCCGCCUCCACUGACGGCAGCAACGUACCCGGCCAGGCAUCCGGCUCUGGGGCCCAGCAGCAGCAGCAGCAGCACCAACCAGACCACCAGCUACAGCCGCAGCUACAGCCGCAGCAGCAACCGCACCAACACCACACGGUCGAGGCGGUGUUCGACCCCUCAGCCGAGGAGCCCCUCAUUCCCUCCCUGGCGCUGUUGCAGCGCGCGAGCGCCAGCACCAUCACCGGCGACGGCGGCAUUGGCGACGGCAGCACCCCUCGCGGCGGCGGCGUGGCGCCCACUGAAUCAGCGCUGGCGGCCGCCGCGGCCGCUGACAUGCUGCGCCUCACCACCAUGUACACGGCCGAGUCCUCCGCGCCCUCCGUCGGUACGCCCUUCACACCCGCAACGCCACAUGACCCCGCCGCGGCUGCCGCCAUGUCCGCAAAGUACGCAAACUACAUUAUCGGCGAGGCCAAGCGCGGGCCCAUGACACCGCCCACACCAGUGGCGACGCUACCAGCGGCACAGCUGACGGCGCCAGUGGAGCACUUCCCGCCCAAGCCGGAAGCACCUCCCGCAGCCGCGCCGCCGCCGCAGCCGCUUCCGGAUCCGACGCAGCGGCCGGCGCCGGCGCGGGAGCCGCCUGCUCCGCCGCCGGCCACGCGACAGAAGCAGCGCGAGGCGGUGGCGCUCCGCCUGGAUGACAAGGCCUACUGGUGUAUCUGGGGAGACAUCGCACUGGAAGCCGCCCCCGCACCGCCCGCGCCGGCGCGCAGCGAGGGCGGCGAGGACGGCGACGACACGUCCGCGCCCGCCUCCCGCCGGGCAUCCGGUGUGGGGCCUUACGGGCCCGCACACGCCUCCAUCACCGGUGGCGGCGGCGGCGGCUUCACCUCCGCUGCAGCUGCAGCUGCUGCCGCUGUGGCUACUGCUGCUGCUUCCGGCGAUAUCUCCGCACGUGCUGCUACAGCCGGGGGCCACAAGCUACAGCUCGUGGGUCUGGGCGACGCCUUCAGCGGCAGUGCACUGGCUGAUGCUACAGCCGCUGCCCUCAACACGCCCGUCAUGCUGUCAUCCACGCCUCGCAUGUCCACCACCGGCGGCCCAGGCGACAUCCAGCUACAGCCUUCCAUCGCCGGCGCACCCACCGCAGAGGGCUCCUUUGCCCAGGGCUCCCGGCGCCAGCCGUCUCCCACCUCGCCUCAACGCCGCAACACCGGCUCGCCUUCUUCGCCUAAGCGGCAGCAGCAGCGGGAGCAGCCGCCGGCGCCGCCGCCGCCCCAGGUGCCGCUUCUGUGUCUGGAUCCCCACACUGCCGAAAACGCCGCGCUCUUACACGAGUCGCUUCCACUCGGGGACAACAUCCUCCGAGCGCGCGUGCUCACAGCCGGCGGCGACCACCCGCCGCCGCCGUCUGAGGGCGGCGAAGUCGCCCACUCCGCCGGCGGCGCAGGUGGCGGCUACGCCGAGGUGUUGUGCAUGAGUAAGCCCAUGUUUGAGCUGAUUGCCGGCGGCAUGGGUCGCAGUGUGCCGCCGGCGGUGCUGCCGGUGCUGGCGCGGCACGUGGACUGGCUGGCGGGCGCGGGUGUGGACCUGGCGGCCAUGGCGGCGGGCAUGGAGGGCAGGUACAAGCUGGAGGAGCACAAGCAGGGCACGGAGCUGCUUCGCGCCGGCGAGGCCGCCCCCGCUGUAUUCCUUGUGGCUGCUGGCGAGUGCGUCAUGCGCGGCCCCGUGGUGGGGCUGCGGCCGGGCGCCACGGCGGGCGGCGGCAGCUUGGACCUGGCCACACUGCGGGAGGGCUCCACGUGCGGCGAGCUGAGCCUGCUGGCAGGGAGGCCGCUGUGGUACUCGCUGGUGGUGGCCUCACCCACCGCCAAGGUGAUUGCGCUGGACCUGCAGGCGCUGCGCGGCUGGCUGUUGGGCGCGCCGGCGGGCAUGGCGGCGGCGGCCGAGGUGGUGGCGGCGGUGGCGGAGGUGGACAUUGCGCUGUACGGCCGCGCCGUGAAGCAGAUCGCGAUCCAGGUGCUCAACGAGAAGUUGGAACUGAGCAUGUUCCAGUCCAACAUGAAAUCCAUGAUCCGCAGGGUCAUCGAGGACAACGCCUCCGAGCUCAACGCCAUCCUGGCACAGCAGCUGCAGCAGGAGGCCGCAGCCUCGGCCGCAGCGGCGGGGGGCAAGGCCGCCGCCGCCGCGGCCGCCGCGGCCGCCGCCUCGCGCCCGCGCACCAUCGUGCUGGAGGGCUGGGACCAGGUGGAGGCCAUCGCCGCCUCCGUGGCGCGGCCCUACGAGCCGGGGGUGCAGUCCUGGGAGCUCAUCGCGCAGGCGCGCUUCAACGCCGCCCGCCGCGCCAAGGCUCGCUACCUGGACUCGCUCUACACCGCCACCGCACUGGCCACGCAGGAGGACGCGGGCGGGCACGCCGCGGGCGGGCAGCGCGUGGCACUGCCUGCGCCCGGCCCGGUGGCGGCGGGGCUGGCGGCGCCGGGCACCGUGCGGCAGCCGCACCUGCACGACAUACGCGUGGUGCCCAAGGACCUGCGCGGCGGUGAGGUGGAGGUGCGGCGUCGCGGCGGCGAUGCGGUGUUGCACAUGCCCCCGCACGAGCUGUCCGCAAUGAUGGGGGCGGCCGUACACCUGGUGGCGCCAACCGCAGUGGCGGCGGCCGUGGGCGCCGUGGCGGCGGGGGCCAGCAGCGCCGCCGCAGCAGCAAGGGCUGCCGGGGCUGCAGGGCCAGGCACGGAGGGCUCUGGGAAGGGCGCCGGGACUGACGGCGGACUAUCGGCGACCGGCGGCGCCAGUGCCAGCGCAGCAAGCGUCACCGCGGGCGCCUCUGCCAGCCUGCUCGCACGCAAGCCCGUCAACUACGCGGCUACAGCCGUCAGCGGCGGUUUUGGCAGCGACCUGGGCUCGCCCAGCCGCAACGCCAAGCGGCCGGCAGGGGCGCCGGUGGAGGGCCUAGGCCGCGCGCUCACGGCCGCGCGCCGCACGUAUGCAGACUACUACGGCGCGCCCGGCACCACCGAUGACGACGGCGUUGAGAGCCCUGCAGCGGGCGCUGCUGCGGGUGCUGGUGCAGAAGACGACAACACGGGCGGCAGCAAGCCCGGGCUUGGAGCCACUGCCGGCGGCGGCGUGGCGGGGUUUCGCUCCCGGCUGCGUGUGUCCGCGCCGGUGCUUGACGCGCCGACGGUGGUUCAGCUCAGCCCCGGCCCCGUGGCCCCCUGGGACUCCAAGGGCCGGCUGCCGCCCUGGAACCUCAACGGCGAGGCCGCGGGCGCCGGAGAGCCGCGUCGCUUCCCUUGGGACGCGCCCACUGCCGGCGCCGGCGCCGGCGGCGCCAGCCGCCUUGGCGGCGGCGCCGCCGCCGACCACCUGGCUCGUCAGCGCGAGCUGCUGGCCAGCGGCGGCGCGGCGUCCACGGCUUGGUCGACGGCGCCACUGGAAGGCCACCGCGGGCGGCUGGUGGUGGCUCUGAGUGCGGCGCCGUCCAUGGCCAGUGUGGCGCUGGACCCGGAGACGCGGGCGCUCAUCGAGCGGCAGAUGGAGGAGGAGGAAGCGGCGGAGGCGGCGGAGGCGGAGGUGGCGGAGCAGGAGGCAGUGCGGAUGGCGCUGGGCGAUGCGGCGGCUCGGAAGCUGCUACAGGCCGGGCUGCAGCCGGCGGCAGCGGCGGGGUCGGGGCCGGUGGCGGCGGACGCGAUGGCGGCGGCGGAGCGGGCAGCUAGCCUUUCCUCAACCACCGCCACCAGCCUCAGCGGCUCUUUGGGCUUCAGCCGCCCGGGCACCUCUCUCACAGACGACCCUCAUGGCAGCCUGAACGGCUCGCAGCCCGACUCACGAAGCGCCAGUCGGGCGGGCCAGCUGCUGCAGCCCCCCCACGGCCACCAUCCGCACGGGCACCGCGCCAGCAGCGGCAUCACGGCGGCCGAGGUGCGCGGGCUGACGGAACUGCCUGUGCACGUGCUGGCCAGCAUUGGCGAGGAAGACUCCAUGGAGGUUCUGGCGGCGCUGGAGGGAGCGCAGCAGCACAUGGCAGCGGUGGCGGCGGCGCGGGCGGCGGCGGGGCUGCCUCCCGCGCCAUCGGCGUUGGCAUCGGCAUCAAUGACGGCGCUGCCGCCGCCGCCGGCCCGCGCUAGCGCCGGCGCCUGGAUAAGCAAAUCCCAGGAGAUCUCUGCUGGCGGCGGCGGCAAGGCGUCAACGCUGCCGCCCCUCCGGGCGGCGCAGCGGCCGACGUCCACGCCACCCGCGGCGGUGGGCUCUGUUUCCAGUCUAUUGCUAGGCGGCGGCGCCAGCGCCGUCAGCGCCCCUGGCCCCCUGGCAGACGCAUCCAGCUCAGCCCUGCUGCAUGGCCUGACGGCGGCAGCAGCGACGGCGUCUGACGCCCGGUCGACAGCGUCGGGUGCCGCCGCCAGCACCCAAUCCGGCGCCAACGCCGCCAACGCGCACGCGGCGGCGGCGGCGGCUCGGCGCAGCCGCAUCCAGGCGCGCAACGCUGCGCCGGCGGCGGCGGGGGGCGAGGUGGCCGAGGCGCCGGACCGGGCGUUCUGGGUGCGCGACCGGCUGCACGACCCUCAAGGCCUGGCGAGCUCCGUCAUGGCUGACGCGGCCGCGCGGGCGGUGGUGCAGGCGGUGGAAGGCGGCGGCGCGCCGCCCGACCCCCUGUCCAUGACCGCGCCGGCGGCGCUGGGCGGCGUCGGCGGCGGCGGCACCAGUCGCGUGGGGCCCUCGACCAGCACCAGCGCCAAUGUGCUACUGGCGUCAGCGGGUCGGCCGGCCAUUCCCACGGCGGCAGCUGGCAGCAGCACAGCCUCAGGCCGGUCGCCGCGGCUGCAGCCGCUGAGGCGCAACGCCUCCUCGGCCACCGCCGCCGGCAAAUCCGCAGCCACCACGCCGCGGCAGAGGCCUUCUGGCGGCGGCGGAGUUGCGGGUGGCUUGGCGGCGGCCGCUCCGGCGGCGGCGGAGCUGGCGGAGCAGGGCAUGUUGUACGUGACGCUGGUGGUGCCGCCGGCGCCCAAGCUGCUCCCCGAGUUCCCGUCCCCGGCGCAGGCGCGCGAAGCCGCGGAGGCAGCUGAGGCGGCGGAGCGGGCAGCCCGUGAGGCCCGCGUUGACGCCGCUAUCAACAACCCCGCGACGCGGCCACUGUCGAUUGAUCAUCGGGGCGAAAUGCGCUACGUGCCCAACUACCUGCGGCAGCGGCAGCGGCCGCCGCUUGCGCCGCCGCCCGUGCGGCCGGUGCUUCUGGAUGGGGAGGAUGAGGGCAGCAGCUGGGUGGUACCGAGCUAUACGAGUGGCAUCGGCUUCACUGACGGGUUUUAUGAUGAGGACAGCCAAGUCAUAUACUUUGACUGAUAAUGUGCGCAGGUUCAUGCAUGUGCAGAUGUGCUUGUGAUGGUGGGGGCGGUCGGAUACUGUGUGCGCGGUCUGGGUCGCGGAGGAUGCGCAGGUGCUGAAGGUAGGGGUGCUGAGGGCCUGAGGCGGAGGCUAACUUCGGUGAGAUGCACAGACUGCAUUCGGCGCUGAGGUGCCCGACUGCUGAACUGGCAGAACUGCCCAUGACUCGAUUUCGGGCGGGCCCAGACAAGGAAGGCUCCAAUCAGUCCAAUGGGAGCUCUCAAAACACGCACAAUGUUGGCAACCCGCACGCUCCGA